CCCGUUCUAUUUAUAGCUAGGGACUAGGAUAUCAAACUGAAAAUGAAUAAAUGUUGAUAAACAAUCAUGCAUUUUCUUACAUAAUCUACAGAUCAAAAGACAAUCAGAAGUAUCAGCUCAGUCUCACAAGAUGGCCUGUUCAGUGAUAUAUGUUGGAGGAAAUUGCAUGGAAUCCAAACUUCUUUAUACUGGAUUGUAUACAAGGUGCAAAUUCAGCAAUUGUAGUCGACAGACCUAUAUGGUUUUGGAGAGGUGUCAUCACAUAGUAUGCGAAUGUUGUCUCUCAAAAAGCAAUGGAGAAAAUGAAGAUAAAGAAAACGUUUUUGUUUGUCCAUCUUGCUAUCUUGAUUGUCGGAAACAUUCUUCAUGGGUAUAUCCAGAACGAUUGUAUAAGUUCUGCAUUUCAAAGAAAGUAUGCACUCAGUGUCUUGUAGAAGAGGCAAUUUAUAAGAAUAACUGUGGGCAUGUAUUCUGCAAAAGCUGCCUGUGCAAAUUAGAUACUUGUUCAGGUUCAAUGAAUUGUAAGGCUCAUACAUGUGACGCAGUAUUAUGCCGUUCUGAUGUCCAGCAAAUCCUGACCAUGGCAGACAGCAUAUUGGUAUGGCGAUAUAUCUCCUUUCCAAAGUACCAAUCAUGUAAUGUCCUCUCUGUAAACUGUACAGGAAAGCCAAUAUUAACUCUGAAAUCCUGCAACCAUUCGUACUGCUUUGCGUGCACAAAUAUUUUGAAAAACAACAACUAUGAAGAAUUGAUAGCAGAGCACUUGCUGAUAUGCGUCGGAAGAUUUUGCAAGACCAUAAUACCAGCGGCGGUAUUGGAGAACUAUCUAAUAUCAUUACAACAAAAAUUUGCAUUGACUGCAAUUACACUUGAGCUCUGUCAUGAAGUUUGUUAUAAAUGCAGAAAGAAUGAAGAAACAGCAGAUUCGGUUCUUCUGCGAAACAGAUAUUGUGCACUGCAUCAUGCAUUUUGUGUGAAAUGCAUUCAAGAUAUCCAAAGAAAUCGGUAUUCAGAAACUUACUGUGACGUCAUGGGGACUGAUAUCAUUAAGUCCCAGAUGCGCUGUUUUGUAUCGGAAUGUUCUGUGAAAACUCCAAUGACUUGCAUUAACAUUAUGCUAGACGUUAUUCUUGGAAAUGAGUCAGUCAAUAUGGUAGACGUUUUUAUUAGAAAACCAGACAUAGGAGAAAAAUGCGAUACUUGUUUUGAGUCUUCAGCAUUUGUGACAAGACUUGUCUGUUCACAUGCACUCUGUCUUAAAUGCACUGAAAUAAUUGCUAAGAAUGAAGAAGAAAGGUACCAAAAAUGCAACAACAGCGUUACGUUUUGCCGAAACAUGAUUCCAACAAGAAUAUUUAGAAAGGUGUUAGAAUCGUCACCUGCAAAAACCAUUGUGGUUUCAAAACAGACUACAAAUGAAAAAGGAAAACCAAAAGUAUUUCUUGCACAAGAAAUACAAAAGAACAACAAAACCGCUGACUUAAAAGGAAAAAUUAGUUCAAUGCGGCCAGUAAAUAAACCUAAAUGGGUUAAAGAUGAUAAAGAGCUAAUGAUACCAAAUAUAUCUGAUAAAUAUGAAGAGAAAUGCUCUCACGAUUUUUCGGAGUUGUCCCAAGCAAUACAUGAUUUGAACUUAGAGGAUGAAAGACAGUGCUUGCUCUUGGUAGGAAAUGACCAAAAGGAAGACGCAUUCAAGAAAGUGGAUAUUACUAUGCCAGCUGAUUUUCCAACUAUUUCAUUGCACAAAAGGGAAGAGAUAGAUGAGUCAGUGACGGUUUUUCUAAUUGCACACAUUAAGUAUCCAAUUGCUGUUAAGACAACCAGAUGGCAACAAGAUGGAAAAGAUUUGCACAUUGAUGGCAUCAAAUAUCGAGAAUCAAAGACACUUCAAACGCAUACUACUUUACAAAUCAGUGAUUUGCAAGAGUCAGAUGAGGGACAAUAUCAGCUUAUCGCAGAGUGUUUCUUGGGUGAAAACAGUAGCAAUGCUGUUAGUGUUCAUCUUCCUGGUGAAAAGCCUACAAUAACACUCAUGAAAGAAAGUGUCAAUGAUGACGAAAAGAGAAUAGCUUUGAAAGCAACUAUAGAAUCAAUGUUCCCAAUUAUAAAAUGUUACUGGCAAAAGGAUGGUAGAGAUAUUCUCAUUACUGCCAGUUCAAGUAAAUAUGAGGAAAAGUGGAAUCAUUUUUCUCGAGAACUGUUUAUUUUAGAACCAAAGGAAUCUGACAGUGGAUACUACAAAUAUUUCGCAAAAAAUGCAAUUGGGGAAGGUGAAAUUAAAGAAAUAAAGAUAGACCUCAAGAAAGAAAUUACCGUAUUGUCGGUGGAAAUGAAACUGCUCGAAAACAACAAAAAACUGCAGAUAACUGGUCACGUUUCUACAUUAGGUAGUGCUUGGGAUAUUGUUUGGAUAAAGGACAACGAAGUCCUCAAUACAACAAAUUUUGAAAAGAUUUACACUAGUGCAUUAUUACGAUCUGGGAAUACGCGUCUUGUAAUUCUUGACCUAAAUAAGGAAGACGAGGGAGAGUACAAAAUGCAAGCAAAAAGUGUCGACGGAUGUUUUGAAAGCCAGCCUGUAACAUUCAUAAUUCCAAAAGAAAUACCAAAAGUGACCAUCGAAACGGAUUCAACAGAAAGUGGUAAACGUCUAACGGCACAUAUAGUUUCAUCCUGGCCUAUUCAAAAGAUAGAAUGGCUAAGAAAUGAUAGUUUGAUAACAGUCAAUAGUGAAGAGUGUCGAUUAGAAAGUUCUUGUGGAAAAAAUGUUUUUAAUAUCUUAAGGAUCAAAGACUCAAUUUGGAAAAAAUGCGGACGAUACAAAGUAUUUGUUAAAACAGUUGCAGGCGAAAACCAAAGUGAAACAAAUCUAACGUGUAGUGGGAAAGAUGUUGUUUCCAAUUUCUCCGAAGACAUUAAUUUCCCGUCAAUGGACAACUCAACAAAGCUUAUUCCUGCAUUUUCGAACGUUAAAGAGGGAACAUGUAGCACUAUUGCAUUGAUUCCUCCACCCUACGACAAUGAAAAGAGAUGCAUUCUGUGCGAAAAGACGGCAGUUGCAGAAAUUGUAAAUUGUACCCAUAGAUACUGUAUGGCAUGUAUACAAAAAAUGAGUGGAAUAAGUCAAAGCUUGUACAUGGAUUGUAUCCUGGGAGACUGUCCAUCAUAUCUCAGAAUAAAGGAUAUUAAUAAAUUAUUUGAUUGUCCAUUCACUAUUCAAAUUCAGAUGCCGAUGCACUUUGAAAUACCUAGAGUAGGAUUGUGUCAAGAACUCCUGUGCAUAGAAAGGGGCGACUUUACUAUAAUGCCAUGUAAGCACACGUUUUGUACAGAUUGCUUGCACAAAUGCACAGAAAAAUCUGAAUGCCAAUACAAGUACUGUCAGAGCAAGCAGAUUCCUGCCCCAAAGUACUUUAACAAUCUUUUUACAUCUUUACAAAAUGAAAAGGCACAUCCAUUUCUACUGAGGAGAAAUGAAGCUAGUAGUGCUGGGUAUAUGACAUCAAAUGCCUGGAUAUGUUUAACCUACAACUGCAGAAAUCAGGCUGACUUUGUAAUUAUUCGAUGUGGCCAUACCUUCUGUUCAGAAUGUGGAAUGAAGAUGGGGUGUGACUGGAUAAGAUUAACUAAGUUCAAACCCGCAAAAUGUCUUGUUGAUAAAUGUAAGGAGAUUUUUCCACUUCCAUCCUUUCUACAGUCGACCAGAGAACGACCUACCACCUCGGAAUCCGUAGCUGUUUCAAAGUCGGAAGAUGGAUACAUGAAAAACAAAAGUGAUACUAAUCACCAAGAGUGCGUAUUACAUGUACAUUCAACAACUAAUAAAAGAAAGGGAAGCAACAUAAUGAAAACAGCUAUUAAAAGAUUCAAGCCUAUGCCAUCAAGAGGACUAAGAAACAUUGGUUUGUCAUGCUACCGGAAUGGUGUUUUGCAGAUAUUGGCAGAGACACCAGAUUUCCUUGAAAACCUACAUGACUCUUUCCCCCAAGAGGAUGCCAAUUGGAUAUCUUCAUUAUACAGCGUUCUUAAGGGAAUUCGGGAUCAGUGUACUAUGGAAAAAGACACAGUCGAUUGUCUACAUGCUUUUCACCAUUAUUUCAAUCAAAGCCAUGAAGGUUUUCAGGAAUACCAGCAAGACGACACGUUAUCUUUUCUUACAAGUGUUUUAAAUGGAAUAGAGGAUGCACACUCUGCUAUCAGUAAAUCUAAAGAUCAAAAAAGAAACUUGAUUAGUCCAAGUAAUCUAUUCAAGGGACAGUUGAGGGAUAAAUAUACAUGUAAAAAAUGCAAGCAUAUUGAGUAUUUCAACGAAAGCAAUUUCUUUAGUUUACCUCCGUCAGUUGAUUCAAAUAAAAAGGAGGUUACAAUUGGAUCAUGCUUUGUGCAGCUUUUGAAGGAGGAACAAGUAGAACUACCGUGCUCAAAAUGUGAUUCCUGCGACGUUUCAAAAGAAAUGGAAAUUGAAACAUUUCCCAAGAUUCUUAUUUUACAGAUCUGUAAGGUUGAGGAGGUAGCUUCUUCUGCCAAGAAGAGGAGAUUUGAGAAAGCUUUUACAAAAUGUCGAUUCUGGGGCGAUUUCAAGGGGCUUACUACUAAAGAGUUAAAAAGAAAAAGCGUUGCAAGUUCUUUGAAGAUGUACAGAUUGUACGGCGUUGUAGUCCACAGGGGAAGUGAACGUGGUGGACAUUACUUUUGUUUUGUAAAGCGAAAAGAAGAUCAGAUAUGGAAUAAAUGCGACGACUCAUAUGUUGUGGAUUCGGAUCUAAAAAAUGUUUUGGACAGUGAUGCAUAUCUGCUGUUCUAUGAACGGUUUGAGACCUCAGAUUAAAUAUGACUUAAUUUAAAGAAUAUACACUUUUGCAUUUACCAUGAUCCUAUUAACAAAAUACGAAAUAUAUUAGGAAAAUCAUUUUUUAAUUCCACCAUUCAUUAUAAUUUACAACAUUAAUCUGAUUUUAUUAUUGCUCUGUCGUGUCGAUAUUUCAAUCAGGGUUGGAUGUUUUUUAAACAUGCAAUAUAGGAAUUUUUGUUCUUAUCCUCUAGGAUGUGUUGUUGAAAACCUUUCAUCAAAUUUAUGUUUCUGAGUAGUAAAAAGCAUACUGUGUUCUCUUCACCGGAUUCAAUUUUUGUGCUUUGUUUUGCAUUUAAUUCUUAUUAUAAUCAUCUAACAACUUGUGAGUAUGUGUGUUUGUGUUCUAUUUUUUUUUCAUACUUAGUUUUGUUAUUAAAAUUCUCAAGUGAUGUUCUUUUUUUUCUGUACUGAUUCCUUAUCACUUCUUUUAUUACAUGUAUAUAUAUUUUUUCUUUUUUGGCAAGAUACCGUUUGCAAAGUCCUAUAAAUUGGAAAAUAUAUAAAGAUGUUAUAAUAAAUGCAGUAUUAUAGAUUUUUUUUCUGCCCUUGAUAAAUACGGGUGUAAUGUUUGAUAAAUAAAAUCCUUAUUUUUUCUAAAUUGUUUGUAAAAAAUGUGCCAAAUACUUUUGUUAAAUGAUUUAUGAUGUCAUGAAGGAAAGUUGGUGUCUUUGUCAAAGUUUAAAGACAAAACUUCUGUAAAACUUUGAAUAGGAAAGGAAUCAUACAAUCUGAUUUAAUAAAUAAGAAACAUUGUUAAACUGGAUUUCUGAGGAUUUUCCAACUGGUGUUCUUUGGUUAGGGUUCUCUGAAUUAACAGAAAACUCUUAGUGGCAUAAUGUCUUUAAGAGGUACCUUUCUAAAAACAUCUUCAUAUAAUUGUUGUGAACUGUGCCUUUUUGGAAUAUAAAUGUCCUUCAUUGGAAACAAUUCUUUCUUAUUUUAGUUUAAAUAAUUUUUACAUAAAUCAUUAUCAAUCGUACUCUUUAAUCUAAAGCAAGGUACCAAGGGUAAUAAAUUAUUUCUUUUUAGUAAUGUUUCAGGUAGACGAUUAAUAAAAUUAUAACGUCAUACUAGGAGGAAUUAGCUAUCUACACAUGCUUAUCAACUUUCUCUGUCAAAAAAAGUAAAUUACGUUCAAUGACAAUGAUAAUGACAAUGAUUUAUUCUCUUAAAUGUACAAACAUACAUUGUAGAGAGGAGGUAGGAAAAGGUACAAACACAUACAAAAAAAUAUAAUACAUGCAUUAUAAACAGUACAAAGUAUCACGUUCAAGUUCAUGUCAAUUAUUUUCAUCUAUAAUUUGUUUGACAAUCAAUAAAAAUUUACAUAAUUUUUUCAAUGUUGAA